CGCGCGCGGAAGGCCAGGCCUGGCGGCCAUAGGAGUUUUCGGUUUUUGCUCGCGCCUACGUGGGGCGUGGGCUUAAAGGCAUUGCAGUUAGCUGUCAGCAUGUUGCGCGUGGUGAGCUGGAACAUCAAUGGGAUUCGCAGCCCCGUGCAAGGGGUGGGAUACGAGGAGCCCAGCAAUUGUACCGCCAUGGCCAUGGGGCGCAUUUUGGACAAGCUGGAUGCUGACAUCGUCUGUCUUCAGGAGACCAAAGUAACCAGGGAUGUGCUGACAGAGCCCCUGGCUAUCAUUGAGGGCUAUAACUCCUAUUUCAGCUUCAGCCGCAACCGUAGUGGCUAUUCUGGUGUAGCCACCUUCUGUAAGGACAGUGCUACCCCAGUGGCUGCUGAAGAAGGCCUGAGUGGCCUACUUGCCACUCAGAAUGGGGACGUGGGUUGCUAUGGAAACAUGGAUGACUUCACUCAAGAGGAGCUUCGAGCUCUGGAUAGUGAGGGCCGGGCCCUCCUCACACAACACAAGAUCUGCACAUUGGAAGGGAAGGAGAAGACCUUGACCCUAAUCAACGUGUACUGCCCCCAUGCGGACCCUGGGAAGCCUGAGCGGCUCGCCUUUAAGAUGCGCUUCUAUCGCUUGCUGCAGAUCCGAGCAGAAGCCCUCCUGGCAGCUGGCAGCCAUGUUAUCAUUCUGGGGGACCUGAAUACAGCUCACCGCCGCAUUGACCACUGGGAUGCAGUCAACCUGGAAUGCUUUGAAGAGGAUCCAGGUCGCAAGUGGAUGGACCACUUGCUCAGUAACCUGGGGUGCCAGGCUGGUUCCCAUACGGGACCCUUCAUUGAUAGCUACCGAUGCUUCCAUCCAAAGCAGAAGGGGGCCUUCACCUGCUGGUCCACAGUCAGUGGCGCCCGCCCUCUGAACUAUGGCUCUCGGCUUGACUAUGUGCUGGGGGACAGGACCCUGGUCAUGGACACCUUUCAGGCCUCCUUCUUGCUGCCUGAGGUGAUGGGCUCUGACCACUGCCCCGUGGGUGCAGUCUUAAGCGUGUCUUCUGUGCCGGCAAAACAGUGCCCACCUCUGUGCACCCGCUUCCUCCCUGAGUUUGCAGGCACCCAGCUCAAGAUCCUUAGAUUCCUAGUUCGUCUCGAACAAGAUCCUGUGUUCAGGCAGUCAGCGCUGCAGCUCAGCAAUCAAACACCGGUACAGAUGCGCCAAAACAAAGCCCGUGUGCGCUCGACCAGGUCUCGGCCAAGUCAAGCUGGUUCCAGUAGAGGCCAAAAAAACCUGAUGAGCUACUUCCAGCCAUCCUCCAGUCGUCCCCAAGCUUCUCCUAACUUGGAGCUUCCUAGCCUGGACACCCUCGUGACCCCAAAGACCUCAGAAGAGGACGUGAUGGCCAAUGUGGUGGAGGGGCGGGCCAAGGCUUCAGAGGCCAAGGAUGAAAAGGAGGUACGGACCUCAUUCUGGAAGUCUCUGCUGGGGGGGCCCUUGCCCAUGCCCCUGUGUGGGGGCCAUAGGGAGCCGUGUGUAAUGCGAACUGUGAAGAAGCCAGGACCCAACCUGGGCCGCCACUUCUACAUGUGUGCCAGGCCCCAGGGUCCUCCCACUGACCCCUCCUCCCGCUGCAGCUUCUUCCUCUGGAGCAGGCCCAGCUGAACCAACCCAGGCCUAGGGAUGUCUGGCAUGGUUAACCUUGUACAUGGUCUGAGGCCAGCUUCCUCCUAAGCUACUUCCUCCUUCCUCAAGACCUCCUUCCCACCUCCUCUUCCUCCUCCACCUUCCUCAGGGACCCUUCCCUUUCCUCUUUCUUCUUCCUCCAAGGCCUCCCUUCCUCUCUCUUCUUCCUACCUAGCUCCUCCUCACUGGUGAGCUUCUUUUGCCUUAGUGCUGUGACCCAAUCCCCCAUCCCACUUCCCACCUUCCUCUCAGAAUUACAGAGGAACCAGUUGCCCCAGGAAGUUGUGAUUUUAAACCCCUUCCUUCCUUGCUGGGAAAUGUAUCUGUGCCUAAAUAAAGUCCGUGUCUUUGUUGUAGUGCACCAUGCCAUGUGGACAUUUUGGAUGUGCUCCAUAAAGCUGAGUCGUUAUCUCAGUCCCGGGUUUGCCAACUGCCUGUAACCUGAUGAUUUAACUUCCAGGGAG